UCUGAAUUGAUUCAGUACUUCCUGCUUCGAAGAAUAACGCGAAGAGCGCAGCGGCUGUUUAAGUUAACUUAAAACCCCGUUGACGUGACAAACCGUUUCCCCUCGAAGAGACGCAGGUGGACACGGAGACAGAAUGUCGUUGAUGGAGCAUGGGUUAGUCCGGCCGGUUACAGCGGUCGCGUGGACCUCCAACACCGGCACUUGCCCCAAGGACUUCACACUGAUCAGCAUCACAGAAGACGGAGCAGCAGCGAACUUCACUCGCAGCUUUGCGAUUAAAUCUGGAUAUUACCUCUGUUACAGCAAGGAGUUGACAUCUGGUAUGGUAGUGUCGGACAUUCAGCUCAUCUCGGACAAGGAGGCUAUUCCUCACGGUUACAGCUACAUAGCAGAGCACCUCGAAGCAAAGGCCUCCGUGUGGAAGAAGAAACGGGCGUGCGUACUCGUCGUCCCAAUGGGCAGCGUGGACACAGCUGUGCUGGAUAUCAAAGUGACUGCCAGAAGCAAAAUGAUGCUGCAGCACUACACAUGCCUUGGAGACAUCCACGGCUACGUGUUGUGGUGCAGAAAAGGGCCUUUUUCCAGCCCGAUGCCUAAAGCGAAGCCCCGGAGCGUCAGCCUGGACAUCCGCGGGCUCUCAUUGGAGCAGCCGUCUGCUCCUCUUCAACCCAGCCUCCCCACUCCUCCAAUGGCAUCAAAUAAAGUGAGUCAAAGACGCCACAGCCUCAAAAAACAGGAGAACCUGGACAAGCCGGCUGACGGCAGCCUCCACGGGAUCACAGCUUUAGAUGGAGUUCCUUUCAGCCUGAGCCCAAAGUUUGAUGGCCAAGCAAACGGCACGGCUCUUCAGCUGAACUCUCAACUACACAACAUCCGUAUAAAGUCCCUUCAAGACAUUGAGAAUGAGUAUAACUACACUUUUGCGACCGAAACUGCUGCAAAGACAACGAGACCAUCGAUGGCAGCAGGAGGCGCACAGACAGCUCAGUGAUGUUUGAACUUUGUGUGUUUGUGUCUGACAAAGCAUCACCUUCCCCAUCGCAGUACAGACAGGAUGAUCCCGUCUACAGGCACUCUGUAGGCCUCUAGAAGUACGCUCACUUUAGUCUAUACUCUGUCACCGUCCACUUUUAGUAACUUUCUAUUUGCCAAAGGAAAGGUUUGUUGGAAUAAAACCGACAUGUUGCAUUGACAUGUUUACAGGCUUUUACAGCAUUAAAGAUGUAAUGAAUCCAACAAUCUGUAGCCUAGCUGCUGUUUGGCACGAGUCAAAUUUAAACCAGUUGUAUGCUUUAAAAGCUGCUUCAUCACACAAACUUGCCAUUGAAGGUGUCUGACUGCUCAGUUGACUGUUACCUGAUAUCCUUGAGUGCUACGAACACUUUAAUCCUUUUUCAAUCAUUAAGAAUUUAUUAAUUGAAGCCGUAUUGUUGAACUUUGCUGCAGGCGUCAAACUGAAUUCAACAGACACACUAACAUAUUUAAAUGUAGGAGAGGGUUUAUUUCUUGGAUAAAGAGUCGCCUACUAAUACAGGUCUGUAAUAUUCCAGGAAAUACACCACAUAUAUUUUAA